AUGGUCCAUUGUGCAGUAAUACACCAACAUGCGAGCUCAGUAAUCGCAACCGCCUGCAAGUCUCCAGCAGCGAUUUUGUACAAAUGGGAGACUACAUCUACCAACACAUCUUGCCCAUGUCCAAGUCACGCAUUAUGUCAAGCUGGGUUCACUAAUAAGGGAUAUCGAUGUAUUUUUCAGGAAGGAUUUGAAGGAGGAGCUAGCUGUGAUCAAGAUGGAUGUCGCAUAAUUCAGUUCAGGGAACAAAAAAAAAAUGUGGCUCUAGCAAACCACGUCAUCCAAAGUGAACAAGUGUUGGACAGAGAUAUUUGCGAGUUGAAAUGUUACCAGGAGCCAAAUUGUGUGUCUUACAACUAUGGUCCAUCAGGAGAAGGAAACUUUGUCUGUGAACUGAGCAACAAGACCCAUUUGCAAGUCCCUUCCGACGACCUACAGGUGAAAGAUGAAUAUAUCUACAGUCCCAUCACUGAUAACGCUUGUCAGAGCAACCCUUGUGCGAACAACUUGACAUGUCAAGCAGGAUUUGGAGAACAUGGAUACCAAUGCAUUUUUCCAGAGAUUAAAUGUGGGGAAAAUUGUAAUUCAGAAGUUGACGAAUGCAUAAUGAACACUCACAACUGUUCUCCUAACGCCGAUUGCUCAAAUGCCAUGGAACCAUUUCAGUGUACGUGUAAAUCUGGUUAUACCGGAGAUGGUUAUACAUGUGAAGAUGUUGACGAAUGUACGACUGCCACUCACGAUUGCUCCUCUGACGCCCAGUGUUCAAAUUCUCUGGGAUCUUUCCAGUGCUUGUGCAAAUCUGGGUACACUGGUGAUGGUAGAACAUGUCAAGAUGUUGACGAAUGCACAAUUGGUACUCACAACUGUUCUUCUAAUGCCAAUUGUUCAAAUGUGAUGGGAUCAUUCCACUGCACCUGUAAGCCUGGAUAUACUGGUGAUGGUGAAACAUGCCAAGAUGUCGACGAAUGCACGAUGGCUUCCCUCGACUGUUCUUCUUACGCCAAUUGUUCAAAUUCUGUGGGAUCAUUCCAGUGCGCUUGCAAAACUGGAUAUACAGGUGAUGGUAAAACAUGUACCGAUGUUGACGACUGCACCAUGGCUUCUCACGAAUGUUCUCCUAACGCCAAAUGUUUAAAUGAUGUGGGAUCAUUUCAGUGCACGUGUAAAUCUGGAUAUACUGGUGAUGGUAAAGCAUGUGAAGAUGAUGACGAAUGCACAAUGAACACUCACGACUGUCCUUCCAACGCCGAUUGUUCAAACAUUAUGGGAUCGUUUCAAUGCACCUGCAAAUCUGGAUAUACUGGUGAUGGUAAAUCAUGUCAAGAUUUGGACGAAUGUGCAACAGCCACUCAUCGCUGCUCGACCUAUGCCGACUGUUCCAAUGACAUCGGAUCAUAUCAGUGCACUUGUAAUUAUGGAUAUAGCGGCGAUGGUAAAAUAUGCCAUGCUUUUGGCUCAACUAAGGAAGUGCCUUUUUCUUCUUGCAAGUCUUUGUCCUCAUUCAACCUUUCCAGUGGUGUUUAUUGGCUCGACAUCGAUGGUGGGUCCCAUGAUAACGCGUUCAAAGCUUACUGCGAAAUGGAAACCGAUGGAGGAGACUGGACGCUGGUUUGGAGUUACACCUUCACUAACUAUGGAAGCUUUUCAACGACCUCUAACGCAGUCACACCCCGACCUACUUGGGAUGUCAAACAUCCCGAUAGAGUCGAUGUUCCAACAUCUAAUACCCCACCCUUGAAUGAAACGGACUUCAAUGCGAUUGAAUUCUCCAAAUGGACAAUUUUGGGAAAAGAAGUAUUAAUCAAAAGCAACAUCAACAAUUGGAUUAUUUGCUCAGGAAAAGGAAGUCUGCCGCAAUGGGACUAUGGUGGGUGUCGUAUGAUUCAAUUCAGAGGACAAAAACAAAAUGUGGCUCUAACGAACCAUAUCAUACGAAUUGAACAGGUAUUUGAUAGAGACAUCUGUGAAUUGAAAUGCUACCAGGACCCAAAUUGUGUGUCCUAUAAUUAUGGCCCAUCAGCGGAUGGAAAUCUACUAUGUGAACUGAGCGACAAGACCCACUUGCAAGUCCCUGCCAAUGACUUAAAGGCAAAGGAAGAUUUUACCUACAGUCUAAUCACAGCUAAUGCUUGCCAAAGCAACCCAUGUGAAAGUAAGUCGACUUGUCAAGCCGGAUUUGGGACUCAUGGAUACCGAUGCAUUUGUCCUGAGGGUUACUAUGGGGAAACUUGUGAAUUAGACGUUGACGAAUGUGCAAUGGCUACUCACAACUGUUCUCUGAACACUGAUUGUUCAAAUAAUAUGGGAUCAUUUCAUUGCACUUGCAAAUCUGGAUAUACUGGUGAUGGUAAAACAUGUCUAGCUUUUGGCUCAACGAAGGAACUUGCUGUUCCCUCUUGCAAGUCUCUAUCUUCAUUUUACCUUCCAAGUGGUGUUUACUGGCUCGAUGUUGAUGGUGGGUCCAAAGACAACUCGUUCAAAGCUUACUGCGAGAUGGAAACUGAUGGAGGAAACUGGACAUUAGUUUGGAGUUACACCUUUACUAAUUACUCAAACUUUAAAGGAGCAUCCAUGUAA